GGCCACUCCUGCGAUUCAUUGUUGGCUUGUGACUCAGACUUCCAAAAGCAAAAAGGCGGAAGACGGAAAUCAGGUGCGGAUCACCGAGCGGAUUACGAAUACCCAUGAACAGCGACGGCGAAGCCUCAUCACUGCAGAUGCCCCAGAUGACGGUGGGGGGGGGCAUCCUCGCGGGGGAAGCCAGCCAAUCGCCCGGCCCCGCCCCCCUCACGGUGGCUGAGGCGGUGUCCAACACGGACUUCUACAUCGGAGUGGGCUUGGCCAUCUCCUCCUGCUUCUUCAUCGGUUCCAGCUUCAUCAUCAAGAAAAAGGCCCUCAUCCGUCUAAGCAGGUAUGGCGAAGUCCGCGCUUCAGCCGGAGGAUUCGGGUAUCUCAGGGAAUGGAUUUGGUGGGCGGGUCUGCUAACAAUGGGUGUGGGUGAAGCGGCCAACUUUGCGGCUUAUGCCUUCGCGCCCGCCUCGUUGGUAACCCCAUUGGGUGCCCUGAGUGUGAUCAUCUCAGCCGUGAUGGCCUCCAGAUUUCUUAACGAGAAACUGAAUUUGCUGGGAAAGAUUGGCUGCUUUUUGUGCAUAUUGGGCUCCACGAUAAUUGUGAUACACUCGCCCAAGGAGAAGGAGAUUGAGGAUCUGCAGCUGCUGUUUGACAUGCUCCUGGAUCCUGUGUUCAUUUUGUAUGUGAUCUGCAUCAUUGGCUCCACGGUGUUCGUGGGCUGUUUUGUUGCCCCGCGCCAUGGACACACCAAUGUGGUGGUCUACAUCUUCAUGUGCUCCGGCAUUGGUUCGCUGACGGUGAUGUCCUGCAAGGCAUUGGGAUUGGCCAUCCGGCAGACGCUGAAUAACGGAGGCAAUGUGUUUCUCACCUGGAUGCCCUGGUUCUUGAUCCUGGUCACCGUCACGUUUAUCGCCAUACAGAUGAACUAUCUGAACAAGGCGCUAGACAUAUUCAAUACGAGUAUAGUAACGCCUGUUUACUAUGUGAUGUUUACAACUUUGGUGAUAGCUGCAUCUGCCAUCCUGUUCAAGGAGUUCACCCACAUGCGGUUCGACGACAUUCUUGGUGAUGUGUGCGGCUUCCUCAUCGUUAUCACAGCUGUCUUCCUGCUGAACGCCUUCAGGGAUAUCGACAUUUCGCUGAAUGAUGUGAGAGGGCUGAUGCGACCGAAAAUGCAGCGCGUGUCGCAGUUCGACGAGGAGGUGCUGGUCACCAGCAACUCCAAGGAACGCCGCCUGUCCUACGGAUCGGGCGAUAUGUUCCGGAAGGCCUGACACAAGCAGCGCUACCAGGUCUAGUUGCAUCCCCUGCAGCGGACGACCUGAAGACAUGGAGUUUACUCCGCAAACGAAGCAUUGGUCCAAAUAUCUGUGCAUAUCACUUGCCACACACAUCUCAUCCCCAUCUAUUGUUCCUUCGAUCUUGUUAUCCACACAUUCGCUAGGCUAAGAGCUUUAGGUUUAGGCUGAAACUAUAUUAAAAACGAUUUACUUAACAAA